GGUGACCGCCGGAGCAUCAUGGCGGAGCGGUGCGCCGUUCCGCUGCUGGCGGUGCUGCUGCUGUGGGCGCUGCGGGGCGCGGCCGGCGGCCUGCCCAACUUCGUGCUGCUGCUGGCGGAUGAUUUGGGCUUCGGAGACCUGGGGAGUUACGGGCACCCCUCCUCCGCCACGCCCCACCUGGACCGGAUGGCGGCCCGAGGGCUGCGCUUCACCGAUUUCUACAGCAGCUCUGCGGUGUGCAGCCCCUCCCGGGCUGCCCUGCUGACCGGCCGCUUCCAGAUGCGCUCUGGGAUUUACCCUGGUGUGUUUUACCCUGACUCCCGGGGAGGCCUUCCCCUGUCUGAGGUCACCAUUGCAGAGGUGCUGAAGGCUAAAGGUUAUGCCACGGCCAUAAUUGGCAAAUGGCACCUCGGCCUGGGCGCUCGUGGCUCCUUCCUGCCCACCCACCAGGGCUUUGACCACUUCCUGGGGGUGCCGUACUCCCACGACCAGGGCCCCUGUCAGAAUCUCACCUGCUUCCCACCCGACAUCAAGUGUUUCGGGACCUGUGACCAAGGCCUCGUGCCCGUCCCACUGCUCUGGAACCAAAGCAUCGUGCAGCAGCCGGUCUCCUUCCCUGAUCUGGUGCCUCUCUACAACAAAUUUGCACGGGACUUCAUUGCCGACUGCGCCCGGCGAGGUGUGCCCUUCCUGCUCUACUAUGCCUCCCAUCAUACCCACCAUCCCCAGUUUGCAAGCCAGCACUAUGCAGGGCAGUCAGAGCGUGGGCCGUUUGGUGAUGCGCUUUCGGAGUUUGACGGCUCAGUGGGGCAGCUGCUGCAGGCACUGCAGGAGAAUGGCCUGGAGAACACAACCUUUGUGUUUUUCACCUCUGACAACGGCCCUUCCACCAUGCGGAUGGCACGCGGAGGCAGCUCUGGCCUUCUGAAAUGUGGGAAGGGCACAACGUAUGAAGGUGGCAUGAGGGAACCAGCAGUGGCCUAUUGGCCAGGCCAUAUCGCUCCAGGAGUGACUCAUGAGCUGGCAAGCACCUUGGACAUCCUGCCAACACUGAGUGCCCUGGCUGGAGCAGCUCUUCCCAACGUUUCCCUGGAUGGUUAUGACCUGAGUCCACUGCUGUUUGGGUCAGGGAAGAGUCCCCGUCAGACCAUGUUCUUCUACCCUCCAUCCCCUGAUCCACUGCAUGGCCCCUUUGCUGUCCGGCUCGGGAAGUACAAGGCCCACUACUUCACACAAGGUUCCUUUCACAGUGACACAACCCCAGACCAGGCCUGCCACGGGCUGACCCCGCUGACCCAUCAUGAGCCCCCGCUGCUCUUUGACCUGGAAUCAGACCCUGCUGAGAACUACAAUUUGGUACAGAGCGCUGCAGGGCCAGAAGUUUGGCAAAUCCUGAAGGACAUCAAAGUGCAGAAGACACUUUUUGAGCAACGCAUGGAGUUUGGGGAAAGCCAGAUGAAGAAGGGUGGGGAUCCUGCCCUGGAACCCUGCUGCAAGCCAGACUGCACUCCCAAGCCCUCCUGCUGCUGCUGCUCGUAGCCUUUUGCUGCUCCACCCUCCUCUGCUGAUCCUAAACCCACCAGACCCUCCCAACUAACCACAUGUAGCCUCAGUGCUACCCCAGAGCUUCGGCUCAGUGAUGCUGCUGACUGAGGGAGUGCUGCCCGGUGAGCUGAGGGUUGGGCAGGCCACCAGCCCUGCUGGCUGUGCAGGUCGUUGUUGGACCUCCAAGCUGUGAUCUGUUAACAGAAAUUCUGAGGGACCAGGAGCCAGAAUCAUCAGCAGAGCCAGCACAGCCCCUUUCAAACCACAGUUAAGAUGAAGCACAGGUAUGCCCCGGUGUCUGGAGAUCCCAGUUCGGCAGGAGGCGUGCUGUGCAACCCUUGUGAGGGCAGUGUGAGCUGCAGCAGAGUCACUUUGCAGGGGAUGGGAACAAAGCAAAGAGCAGGAUGGGCUUGGAUGGUCCUGACAGCUUUAGGGAUGGAGCUUCGUACAGCUAGUGCAGAGAGGACAUGCCAGUCAAUCAUAGGAUUGCUCAGGUUGGAAAAGACCUUAAAGAUCAUCGAGUCCAACCCCAACCCAACCAUCCCACCCCAACUCUAACAGCCCUCUGCUAAAUCGUGUCCUUGAGCACCGCAUCCAGAUGGUUUUUAAACACAUCCAGGGAUGGUGGCUCAACCACCUCCCUGGCAGCCCAUCCCACUGCUUAACAGCCCUUUCUGUACAGAAGUUUUUCCUGAGAUCCAACCUAAACCCCCCCUGGCACAACUCGAGGCCAUUUCCCCUCAUCCUGUCACCACUUCCCUGUCCUUCUAAAUAAGGUGGAGAUGUGGCUGGCCUGAUCUUUCUGUAAGGUCUGUGGAUGCUGGAGCUGCCUGCAGUCGGGUGGGCUGUGCUCACUUUCCAUCCACAGGACAAAAAUGAUCUCUUGCUCAUGAGCUAAUUGGCGUUCAUUAGCAAUGACACGCACAGCAAUCCCACAUUGCAUUUGGGGUCCUUGGCAUUUGGGGUUUCCAACUGGUGGGUUGGGCCUGGAGCCCCUCCUGAUGGGGACAGGCUGGGAACACUGGAAGGGGACGCUGAGGGGGGAUCUGAGCAGUGCUGAUGGAUAUCUGAUGGCAGGGGCUGCUCAGUGAUGCCUGGGCUUGGACUGGAGGACUCCAGAGGUCCCAUCCACUCCCACAGCUCUGGAGCUCUGUGUAGAAUAAUUCUUAACAAAAUAUGAAGGUGGAUUACCGUGAUUGGAUGCAGGGCUCAAUAAAACAACCAAAUCAACGUGCAGUUCGCUUA